AUUCAGUCAGCAGUUGUCGCAGCGGCAGGUAGCCGUGUCGCACGGACAUUUAGCGUGGCAUAGCCAUUUGAAUCAUCAGUGUCGCUGAGUCAGUGCGGUGUGUGUGUUCGAACUCGGCUGUGAUGGUGAAUAUAUUCUAGUGCAUUUCUAAUAUUCGUGUAAUGCACGCCAUGAGUGAUCCAGCUGCUUUGGCAGGCAUGUUGCCUUUCGAUUCUAUUGGACUGUACGAACAGCCUAAACCGAGGUUCAUCUUUAAAAUGCCACGGGUAGUUCCUGAUCAAAAAGCCAAAUUUGAAUCCGACGAUCUCUUUAAAAGACUGAGCAGAGAAAGUGAGGUGAGGUACACCGGGUACCGCGACAGGCCCCCAGAGGAGCGCCAGAUGCGGUUCCAGAGCGGCUGUCGUGAAGGGCACACGGAGAUCGCGUUCACCGCCACUGGCACCAACCUACAGCUGGUGUUCGACCACUCGCCCUACAACAACCGAGGCUGCGACUUCCAAAAAGAGAGCGGCAAGGCCCACAUCGUAUCCCGAUUUAUCAUGAAUGGCGUGUGCGUGAGAUGGCGGGGCUGGAUUGAUUUGGAGCGUCUCGAUGGAGUAGGCUGUUUGGAAUUGGACGAGGAAAGAGCAGCCAUCGAAGACGCGGCGUUGCGUGAUCAAAUCGAGAGGUAUAAUCAGAGGCUGCGGGAUUUCGAAGAUAAGCAGCGUGCAUACCGCGAGCACGGGGAGGAGUUACGAGCUCACUCACACGUGCACCAGCGCUGCCACCAGCCGCGCCAGGCGCCGCACGCCGCGCAUCCAGCCCACCCGCACCCGCCGCACCCAGUACACAUCAAACCCCACUCACAGGGCGCUCUCAUCUCAUAAAUAACAUGAUCUGCAUUAUUUUAUACCAUUUAAUAUUAUUGUAGGACAAAAGCGCAAAACAAAUUCAAAUGCAGUAGACAAUGACCGGUCUUCUUUCGCAGAGUACACAAAACUUUCAAAGUAAAUCAUUUUAAAUACUAUAAAGUAUAACAAUUAGAUUUCAACUAUCGUCAUAUGUUAAAGUUACGGCUUUUACCAAGCAUUUAUUAAUUAUGUAGAAUCUAUUAUUAAUGACAAAUCGUCAUGAUGAAGCGUUGACGAUACAUGCAAUGUUAGUUUAGUCGUUAGUUGUAAGAAAAUGUAGAUAUUUAUAUGUAAGAAGAAUCGGCGUGCACAAUGCACGGCCAAUAACCGCUCACCCAUAAACAUUAUACAUACAUAGACAUCAAUGAACUCUUUUUAUUAAUCAUGUGACUAAACUAGGCAAGUAAUCGUAGUACACACCCAUACAACACCAUUUCAAAGUUUAGCUACAUAGCUAUAGUAAAUUAAUUUUAUGACGUCAUAAGAAUGUCCUGUACCUAGUAGGUAUUAGAUAAUAUUUUAACCAUAACAAUACUCGCUUAAUGCCACUCAUUAUUACCUUCCUAUCUUGCUAAUUUCAAAUAUCAACAUAGUUCUUUAUUCUUAGUAGUUAAUAUCGUAAAACAUGCCUAAGAACUGUACCUACCCUAGAAUAGCAAUCUUAAUCAAAUUAAAAUUCUGUAUUUAGAAUGUAUUCUAAUUAAUGAAGUCGUUAGCAAUUUGAUAUACUUUGUUCUCAUUAUUUGUAAUUAUUAUUGAUAUUAUUGAUAAAUGUUUUUGUUUAGUUUGUAGACAGGUUGGUCAGUAAUUAAUGGAUAACUUUGUAGUAGAUAAGAGCAUUUGGAAACAUAUAAAACUAAAUACAUUAAAAACUAUGUUAGUUUUGGGAGAGCCAUGCUUCGG